AUGUUCAUGACUAAUGAGUUUCCUAUAUCUGUAUGUUCAGCUGAAAAAAAGAGAUGUGUUGAAACACAGCAAUCUGCAACUGCAAAUGGUACCAGAGGUGACAGUACUGGAGGCCCAACCGUUCCCACUCGCCAAGGAAAGCCGAGCGCACAAGAUGCUGCUGCGGAGCCAAACAAUAUACUCUUUAUUCAGAAUCUUCCAUACGAGACGACGAGUCUGAUGCUUGAAAUGCUCUUCAAUCAAUAUCCUGGUUUUAGGGAAGUUAGAAUGAUUGAUGCUAAGCCAGGUAUCGCCUUUGUAGAAUAUGAAGAUGAUACACAGUCCUCAAUUGCAAUGCAGGCCCUCCAAGGCUUCAAAAUUACCCCUCAGAAUCCCAUGGCUAUCACGUAUGCCAAGAAGUAA